AUGGGACGACGCAGGCAGGAGAGGCUUGAGGAGUUGUCUAAUUCGGAUCCGGAAUCCACCAAAUCACUAGACAUCAAAGAAUGCAUGCUGGAAGCGCAGGGAAUGUUAGUGGGAAAGCUUGCUGCCGAAGAAAAUCACCUCAGUGGAUUGGUGGUCCUCCCUGACUUUUGUAUCAUAGAUCUUGAGGAACAGGGGAAGGAGGUAGAAGAGGUGAUACAAGCUACCAUAGAGACCAGUACCGCAGAAGCCAGUACCGCAGAAGCCAGUACCGCAGAAGCCAGUACAGUACCGGAGUGGUUCACAAAAAUGGUCGCGGCUACGUGGCGCACCAUUUGGGAUCAGUAUACAUCUUUCUUGGAAAACCCAGGCGCGGGGAAUAGCACUGUGAUGGUGGAGAAAUAUCCGUUGGCGAAAGCAAUGUCGUUUGGCGAUGCGUCAUCAUCGUAUGCAUCUCGUUCAUCCCUCAAGUAUAACGCUGCGCUAAUCCCAUGUUAUGAUGAUAUUGGGCUGGAUGCGGAAGCUAAGGCCUUUGGAUCAUCGGUCCGUGAUCUCCUCUGGUCGCCGAGCGGUUCGCCUAUAAAUGAGACGUCAGCGUUUCUGGAUCGUCAUUUCGUGCGGCAAUGGCAUCGUGAUGGAUGUUUGAAUAUCAACCGACCUUACAUUAGCCACAUCAAUUACGCGAACGGGGAUGAAAGUUUGCACUCGAUAUGUGGCAAGCACCUGGGCAGGCUGCAGAGGAUCAAGGCAGUGUAUGAUCCAGCUGGACGGUUCGACCAAUUCUUCCCUUUGACCCAAAAGCCUGCUUGA